AUGUUAGACACAGAAUCUGAUCUGUCGGAUGAAAAUAGAAACGAAGGAUCCGUUCUGCUGGUUGCCCCCGGUGGAGUACGUGAAGCUCUGUUCUCCAACGAAUACUACUCAGUCGUAUGGGGUCGACGCCACGGGUUCGCCAAAGUGGCCAUUCUUGCUCGACAGCCUCGGUAUGGUCGGGGGCAAGUGUCUUGGGUUGUGGCUGGUCACCCUUCCGUUGCACCUCGCGAAAUGUUCCUAUGCGACCAAGCGUCUCAAAUAGCCUCUGCUGUGAAAACCCUGUUCACCGCCUUCCCGUGGACAUAUAUUGGUGAUCCAAUCUAUCCGAUGGAUGGUGAAACUCCGGAGCAACUAGCCGACCGAGUACGAGAGGAGAUCGAAUCCAUGAUUCGCACAUAUCAGUGGACUCCGGCCAAUCUGCUCUGUGCGCUUCUUCAACGAAUCCCCGCGUUCGAUCGUUGGUUUCAUAGACGUAAAUCUCAGCGGAAUGCAUCUCAGUCGAACAUAUCUGGAUGA